AUGAAAGGGAAGAUGGAUACAACAAAAGCGAAUGAGUCAGGAAAAACACAACAGGAGGAUGGAACAACUGCUGCAGGAAGUAUAUUUGGAUCUAUGACAGGGAAGACACCAAUACAGUGCCGGAGGAUGGUAGAUAAAUUUGCACAGGCAUUUCUUCAGAGAAGGAAAGAGAAAGCUGAGCUCGAAAGCUUGGCAGAGCUACAAGCAGUUGAAGAAAGUUUUUACAUGCACAAGCAAAACUCCGAAGCAGAAGGACAUAUGUCAUCAAACAUCACAAGGGCAAGCAAACAAAAAUGCAAGGACUUCGAUUUAAAUGAGGAGCUCAAAUUCGAGAACGAAGACAACGAAGGAUAUGCUGAUAGCAACAUCCCAGAAAUGCAUGCAGAUGGUGCAUCAUUUGCUGGUAAGAAUGCAUGCCCAGCUGACAAUGCUGAUUAUUCAAAUGGUAAUGAGCAUGGGAACAAAGAAGAUGAUAAAUAUGAAGAAAUUCUUGAGUCAGUGCUGAAUCCAGAGGAACCGACUGCUGAAGAGCUUGAAAUGGACAGAAUGUUUGCAAACAAGAAGUAUCCAACAAUGCAAGAGAUAUCAGAGGCAUCUACUCCCACAGUUGGAAUGGAAUUCGAUUCAAAAGAGGAUGCAUUCUUCUUCUUUGCAGUGUACGCAAGAAGGGUUGGAUUUGCAAUAAAAAAGGACACCUCCUACGAGUCAAGAAAAACCAAUGAAAUAACAAGACAGACAUUCGCAUGCAACAGGUGCCGUGACGAUACAUACGUUGACAGUGCGCUCAGACAGAGACGGACUUCCAGGAUUGUGCAGACAAAAUGCAAAGUCAGAAUGUUUGUGAAGGAAUACAGAGGAAAGUGGUCAAUAAGUAACAUAAGACUAGAACAUAACCACAACCUAGCUCCGUUAGAGUGGAUAGUAAGGUUCUUGAAGUGUCACAGGUCAAUGUCUGCCUCAGACAAGACUCUAAUCCACAUCCUACAAGAGACAAGAGUUCCACCCAGGAACAUAAUGAAAAUAUUCAGGAAAACAAGGGGAAGCUUCAGGGCAGUUCCAUUUGAUACAAAAAACCUAGAAAACGAGCUAGCAAAAGAAAGAAAGAAAAUUAAGACCAUGGACAUUGAAGAGUUGCUGCUACUAUUCAAGGAAGCACGUGAAAAGAUGCCUGGAUUCAGACAUUCAAUUGAUGUUGACAGCGAUAAUAGAGUGAAAAGUAUAUUUUGGACAGACCAGUAUGGGAUGCCAUUUGCUCCAAUAUUAGGGGUUGAUAACUAUGGCAAAACAGUCGUGUUUGGAGUAGGAUUGCUGGAGGAUGAGAGAGCAGACACUUUCAAGUGGCUGUUUGAGGAAUUCCUGUCUGCCAUGGAUAACAAGCACCCAGAAACUAUAAUAACAGACCAAGACGUUGCAAUGGGGAUUGCAAUAUCUAAAGCUUUACCUUACACAGUGCACCGUUUCUGCAACUUUCACAUCAGCAAGAACCUGGAUGACAAGUUGUCCCUAUUCUUCGCAGUAAGAGGGACUCUAAAGGAAGAACUAAGAGCAGUUAUAAGGAACUCAUUUACUCCAGAGGAAUUCGAAAAUAGCUGGCAUGAUCUACUGGAGCGUCAUAAUGCUUUGGGAGAGCCACACCUGGAAAGGAUAUAUGACAUCAGAGCUCAGUGGGUACCAGCAUAUUUCAAAGAGAGAUUCUUCCCAUUCACUUCAUCGACAGGAAGAAGUGAGAGCACAAACUCCUUAUUCAAACACUACGUAAAAAGAAAGGACUCGAUUGCAACAUUCUUCAAGGAGUAUAUCAUAAUACAAGAAAAAAAACAGUCCGACCUAGAUCGCCUAAGAGAGAAAAGUGAGUUCAAGGAGUCUGUGAAUUGGGGAUUCAACCCUCUUGAAAGGGAAGCAAUGAAAAUCUACACAGACCCAAUAUACGGCAAGUUUGCUGAAGAGCUAAGGAAGGGUACUGCUUACAACGUUGAAGUUGUGGAAGAGAAGAGAUUAUACAGAGUGAUUAGGGUGGCUAACUAUAGGAAUGCAGAGUUCCCCAGAUCAACAUAUGUGGUUAGUGUUUCCCCUGAUGAAGAUGUGUCAUACGACUUGUUUGCUGAAGGAGUUGCUGAGCUGAAGAAAGCUAUAUGCAAAGAUGCAAUUGAACGCCUCCAGACGAAAGAAAAAGUCACACGUAAGAGAAAAAAGGUUGAUGACCCAGUUCAACAAGAUACUGACAAUAUGUGUCAUGAAGAUAGAGAAGACAACAAUCAUGGACACAACAAUGAACAGAUACACCCUGAGGAGAAAAAUUCAAGUGAUGAAGAAAAAAAUGAAGAUGAGCAUCGCCCUUAUAAGGAUCCACCACAGUCAGGAAAUCCAGGGUUCAACCUAGGUGAAAGACCUAUGAAUUUCCAUGAGAAAUCUUCUGCAAAACUAAAGAAAAAGGCUGCACCAAGAUUGUGUGGACUUUGCAGGUUGCCUGGACACAAAAGACCAAAAUGCCCAGACAGAGACAAGGUUGGCAUGAACAUACCAGGAAUGGAUUCAUAA